UUCCUAUCGAAACACUCAAAAUAUACUUGAGACAAAAAUAAAAAUUUCCAAAGUCACCAAUCAGUUCAGCGUGAAAUUUUGUCGUACGAUGGUCCUCCUAAAACUUUUCUUUGGCAUUUUAUCGGUUUCUCUGACUUUCGCCACGACCAACCAUGAUGUGAUUUCACGAGGUGAAAAGCCGGAGCUUCGUCACGAUAAUUUCGAAACGUUCCGUUUGCCGAAUGACACAAGAGCCCUUACUUAUGAUGUUAGCAUUAGAACUUGGAUCGAUGAAGGCAAUCUAACGUUUAUUGGCACAGUUAGAAUCGGAAUAGUUGCUGAACAGUCCACCAACACGAUAACUUUGCAUCACCGUGCGUUAACAAUCGAAGAUGUUGUUCUAUUAUCAGCGUCCGGUGACCCAAUUGCAAUUGGAGCUACUGCUUAUGAUAGCGUAUUCGAAUUUUUUACGAUUUCUGUGCCGAAUAAUUUAACAAUUGGAAGUGAAUAUACCAUCGUUAUCAGUUAUAGAGGCCUCAUGCCUACCAGUUGGAGUGGCUUCUAUGCAGUUCGUUACUUGAAUAGUGAGGGGAACGAGGUCUACUACGGGUCCACACAAUUUGAGGCUACUGAAGCGAGACGUGCAUUCCCGUGCUACGAUGAGAUUGGAAGGAAAUCACGCUUUACCAUUCGUAUCACUCACAGCCCAUCUUAUUCAACUAUAUCAAAUAUGCCUGCAACGUCAGAGAAUCCAACUCCGAACCCUGAUGGAUCAGUUACAACGGAAUUUCAACAAACGCCUUUAAUGUCCACGUACCUUGUAGCAUUCCAUGUAUCUGACUUUGCGCAUGUAUCCAGUUCGGCUACAUCUGUUCCACAGCGAAUUUUCACUCGUCCAAGUGUUGUCAAUCUAACAUCACGAGCACUGCAUAACUCGGGAAUAAUGUUGGACGCGUUUAGUGAACACUUUGGAAUAGAUUACGUUCUGCCAAAAAUGGAUGCAGCAAGUCUUCCUGAGUUUGGCGGAGCCAUGGAAAACUUUGGUUUAAUCACUUACAGCGAUUACUACAUGAUCUUUGAUGACAAUGUCGACGGUUUUGUGAGGCAAUUGACAUCAGUGGAGGGCAUUGCUCAUGAGCAAGCACAUCAAUGGUUUGGGAAUUUAGUUACACCCACGUGGUGGACAUAUACUUGGAUGAAAGAGGGAUUCGCGACAUUAUUCCAUUCAUUUGGUGUAGACUGGAUAUAUCCUGAUUGGACUAAAAGAGAUUAUAUGCUAGUGGAAAGUGUACACAGCAUGUUUCAAUAUGAGGCGUACUGGGGCUAUAAUCGCCCUAUGACACACUAUGUGGAACAACCUCAAGAAAUUGAUUCGCUUUUCGACAAUGUUUCGUACAGGAAAGCGGCAAGUGUCUUGCGAAUGUUUCUGUUUGCAUUCGGUGAAGAAACGUUUAUGGCAGGCUUACGAGCGUAUCUUGUCGAACAUCAAUUCUCCGACGUAACCGAGGAGGAUUUGUUUGACGCUCUAGAAAAUGCUGUUAGGAAUGAUGGAGUUUUUAUUCCACCAACUACCAAUGUCACAGAAAUCAUGUCAUCGUGGACCAGACAGGCCGGUUUUCCGUUCAUUACAGUCGAACGUAGUUACAGUCAAGCAACAGAUCAAGUUACACUCACUCAAUAUCGAUAUUUCAAUCCACCGAGUCCCAUUGACCCAAUCAGAACCAACUAUUGGGUUCCCUAUAACUAUGCUACCAGUGACAAUCCUGGUUUCAAUAGUUCUAGAGCAACUGGCUGGAUUCCACAGCAAGACACUUCAAUUACGAUUACCGUUGAUUCGUUGGACGCCAAUGAUUACUUCCUGUUGGAUACAUAUGCGGGCGGUUAUUACAGGAUUCUAUACGACGAACAGAAUUAUCGACUCAUUUCAGAUGCUAUGCUUCGGGAUCCAGAUCAUUUUCACUUAACAAGUAAAGCUAGUUUAGUGGAGAACGUGCGUGAGUUCUUCAGCACGCAGGAAUUGACAAUGGCUCCAGUUAUGGAUGUGUUGAGGAUAUUAGAAAACGAAGUCAGCUACGUCGCCUGGUAUCCAGUAAGGAAUUUUUUGCUUGAAAUCGAUCAAAUGUUUUCAGGUCAUCAAAACUAUCCUCUGUUUCGGGAUUUCCUUCGCACUCUCAUUGAAAAUUUGUAUGAUUCCGUUCGAGUCGAGGACAUACCAGAUGAACCAAUUUUAAGAAAGCCUGCUAGGCAACUAGCCGUUAGCUUGGCAUGCGACAUGGGUUCUGUACAUUGUCGUAGUGAUGCAUUAAGACAACUGCGACAAUUAAUUACAACCGGUGGAGAAUUUCAUCAAAAUGUCAGGCAACAAAUUUACUGUGCAGCACUUCGAAGCGGUAAUGCGAAUGAUUUCAAUUUCGUAUGGAAUCGAAUGUUACAAUCGGCCAACACUAAUCAACGGAAUGAAAUUAGUCGAUCGUUGGGCUGUUCCACAUCUAGAAUAUUGACAAAUCGACUUCUUAGUUCACUUCUGCCAUCGACAAAUGAAAAUAACAUUGAGUAUCGAGCGAACGAAGCGUAUCAAGUAUUUCGUAAUGUCUAUCAAAAUGGAAUCUUUGGCUUAGAGCUGACAUUGGACUUUGUGAUCGAGAAUGCGAUUGAAACAUACGAGACAUUCGGUGUGAAUGGACCGAAUUUCAUUAUCGAUAUGGCUUCGUCGAUCAGACGCGACGAUUUAACUGAAAAAUUCCGUGAAUUAUUACAAAUAUACUUAGAAAAUGGACUCGUAUCACAGCCGGUAAUUUAUGUCGUUGAGGAAAUUAUGUCCGAAAGGAGAGAUCGUCUGGAGCAGCAUGGCGACGUAAUUGAUCAGUGGUUAUUGACGAACUUUGCUUGAGUAAAACAACUCAUCAAUACAGUUUUAUUGGUUAUCACAAUCGUUACACAAUAAAAUCCCAUUCAUUAGUA